GCUCGUACCUCACUUCUGCUGCCCAUAUAAAAGUCGAUGAGUAGAUUUACGAAACAGUUUGAGACCGGCGCUUUGUGAUCUUUAGAGCUGCUCGACACAGGCUCAUACAUGCGUGCACAAAAUCAAAGUUCUUCAUCACUGCCAUGCCACAUGUCAAGUCUGGUCACUUCACCAGCAAAAGAGAGACUGAGCAGCAUGGAUACCGACGAAAAGAAACAGGCGACAGUCAGAGAAGGAGGUCUAAAGUCUCGGCUGCAGUGCAGAUCAUUUCAAGGUUCAAGAACUAGAGGGCUUUGUUUUGAAGAACUGUCUCAGUGGUCACACUCCCUCGAGAAACUUAUCGCAUCGAAAUAUGGCACAAAAGUAUUCCAGGCCUUCCUGAAGUCCGAGUUCAGCGAUGAAAACAUGGAAUUCUGGUUGGUGUGCGAGGAAUACAAGAAGAUCAGGUCCUCCUAUAGGAUGACAUGCAAGGCGGAAAAAAUCUUCAAACUUUACAUCCAGGUCGAGGCCCCCAGAGAGAUUAACAUUGAUCACAGGACCAGAGAGCUGAUCAGGCGAAACCUGAAGACGGGCGGCGCGGGAUGCUUUGAUGAAGCCCAGAGGAUUGUCUUCAAGCUAAUGGAGGGAGAUUCUUACCCCCGCUUCCUCAGGUCUGACAUCUAUCGGGCUAUUCGAGACUCGAUCUGAAUCGGUGAUGAUGUAAAUACGCAUACCACAUCUCAGAGUUUGACAAAGUACGGUAAGCGCAAUGUUGGACUACCUGCAUGGACUUGAGCAUCCUCACCGUGGGUGUGCCAGACAGCCACUCUUUGGAAACCAAAACUAAAUGUGAUGCUUGUUGGCUAAAGUCGCUAUUCUACUGAUGUAUUAAACAAUAUUUAUUUACAA